AUUUUAGGUAGGAGAUAUGAUCUCCACAAAGUAUGAGAAGUAUGGGAAUAGUAGUCUCUUCCCUGAUCUCAAUCUCAAGAUGACGAGACUGGAUGAGAAACAUGCCUUGCAGCACAUACACGACAGGUUCAGUAAUUACACCAGUCGUGUAAAUCAGCUAACUGAUACAAAUCAAAAACUGGAAUCACUCCUAGUAAACUCAAAGUUAACAGAAGAAGAGCUGAAGACUAUAAAGGAGAUGUACGAAGCUGAGUUGAAAGAAUCGAGACAUCUUCUGGAGAAUAACGGGUCUGAACUUGCCAAGAAACACGAUCUUCAACUUAAAACUGCAGCCAUGGUUCGAGAUCUUAGUUCUAGGCUAGACGACGAGCAAGCUGUGAGAAAGAAAUCCGAUGAGAAUCUGUUGUGUACAGAACAGGCACUAGCUCAUAAGGAGAAACUGCUGCUAGCUGCGUUCAGGGAGCACGACGAGGACAGACGAACAAUUGCGCAAGCUAUGAGAGAGAAAGACGAGAUAAGAUCAACUCUAGCUGCGUCUAAAAAGGGUCACGAGCGAGAAACAGUGUUGAGAGUUGAAGCUGAGAAUUGUGUAAAUGCCACCAGGCAGGAACUUGCUUUCGUCAAGGAAGUUCACAAUGCUGAAAUACAAUCACUGAAGGACAAAAUAAGCGACCUAGAGAUAAUAAACACAAAUCUGGAACGGGACCUACGACAAGAGUUUGAGCAUCGUCUACAAAGUGACCUCUCAGAAGCUAGAGCUCGUCUGGAUAAACUUGCUGCUGCUCAGAAGAAUGAAUAUGAGAGCAAAAUGAGGCAGAAACUGAAACAAGCUCAGACGCAACAAGAGCAAGAUGGAAUCAGACAGAACACCCUGAAUGAUGCUAACGGACAGCUGAGAAUACAGAACGACGCACUAAAAGCUCAGGUAAACAAUCUGAUCGGAAAGAAUAAUGCGCUGGAAGACACCCUACGCAACACGACCCACUCGCUGGAGCACGAGCGCUCGCACAAUGCGCUUACUCUCACACAGUCACUCGGCGAACUUAAAGAACUCAAGGACAAGUUCCAUAUCAAGUGUCUGGAAUGUGAAGAACUACAAGAUGCUCGUAUCCCCCUCCAAGAAGAGAUCAGCAAUCUAAAAGAGAACCUGGAUCAAAACGAGAGUUUGUUGAAGUACCGGACGGAGGUACAGACAGUAGGUCGCCACAGACCCGUCACCGCCUCCCAACUCUCAGGUCAGAAGAUAAGCAGCUCGUCCCAGCGCUUUGUCAAUGAUGAUGUCAAGCGUGCGCCAUCUGCUGCGUCUGUUGCGUCAGCGCCAGCUCGGACGAAGGAGGUGGAGACUGUUACUGAUGUUUCUCGGUCUCCUAAACGUGGACAGAACCUGGCUACUCACUCAGAUUCUACCAGUUUUUCAACAGGUAGUGUGAAGAUAUGGGAUGUCCAUGAUAGAGGAGACUACGUUAGACUCGUUAACACUUCCAACCACGAUGAGUAUCUGGGAGGAUGUGUGAUACAACAGACGGUCAGUGACAGUGCUUUCUGCAGCUACAAGUUCCCUCACAACUUCGUGCUCCGGGGCGGAGCUAUGUGCACUAUUUGGUCGAAUCAGAGCCAAGCUCUACACAACCCUCCCUCUGACUUGCUAUGGAAGGAUCAGGAAGCCUGGGCUAUUGGACCUGAUGUUAACACAGUGCUGUACAAGCCUAAUGGACAGGCUUCUACUGGCCUUAACAACACCACUGCUAUUACUAGACGACCUAAAUCUACUCAUGGAAGAGUGAGCCCACCGGGAGUGACACGUGACCAGGGGCCAUCACGUGACAGGGUUAUUAAGACUACACUAGAUGAGAGGAGUAUGGGUUUCAGUAUGCCUCCAGCCGCCAGCUCCCCUAACAUUCUCUCUUACAAACAAAACAGAAACCGAGCGAACCAAAAAAAGGGGUGAAAUGCGAAUAGUAGUAGACGAUUUUCUGGCAGCAAGUGACCGAUGGGCGAGGAACAACGCGACUUUUCACGACUAUCCCAGGCCAAAAAGUGCCUUUUGAAACUGCUUUAAAUUAUUGAUAUAAGUUAUUAUCGUUGAGGUAUAUCGGUAAUUUUUAACACGUGGCAACAGCAAUUAUUUUGAGAAAAAAUAUCACUCUACAGUUUACAGACUUUAAAUUUCUAAUGAUAACCAACAUGCACAUAGUCAAAAAAGUUUAUAUCUUAAUAAUUAUUAUCUAGCACAGAUUUUUCAAGGCUAGAUAUAAGAAUUAUUUUUGAUGGUAAGUGGAAACAGUAUGUUAUUUUAAAAGAAUUAGGUAGUUGGCAAAGUUUUAAAUUUAGUUUCGAAUGUAGUUUAUUAAGCUAUUGUAAAUAUACAGUUAUGAUUAUUAUUAUUGUACAGAUA